AUGGCAGGUAUUGAAGUAACGCAGCUGGAACACAACCAUCCGCUGUUUCUCCAUGCGUCAAAUGCUCCAGGACUAGUUCUAGUGCCAAUUAAGCUCACAGGGCAAGAAAAUUAUGCACUGUGGAGCAGGGCAAUGAAGCUAGCCCUUAGGGGAAAGAGCAAGCUUGGUUUUGUAGACAAAAGUUGUAUGAAAAACAUGUAUAGAGGUGAGUUGGCAGAACAAUGGGAGAAGUGUAAUGCGAUUGUGCUGUCAUGGAUAGGUAGUAAAGUGGCGAAUGAAUUGAUUCCAAGUAUCAUGUUUGCAUCAAGUGCAAAGAAGGUGUGGAGGGACUUUAAGGAAAGGUUUGACAGAUGUAGUCUCACUAGGGUCUAUCAGUUGUGGACAAAAAUUGCAUCGUUAAGACAUGGUAUGAAUUCUGUAACCACAUACUAUUCAAAAAUGAAUGAUUUGUGGAAUGAAUUAGACAUACUAGCACCAAAACCAGGCUAUGAUUGUGAGGAAUCUAGACCAUCUCUUGAACAUCUAUUACACCAGCGUUUGUUACAAUUUCUUAUGGGUCUAAGUAAAAGCUAUAGUAAUGUGAGGAGUAAUGUAUUGAUGAAGAGGCCUGUAGUCAGUGUAAAUGAAGCCUAUGCCAUAGUGACUCAGGAAGAGAGUCAAAGGGCUCUAGGAGUGGCUGAUAUGAACAAAGAUCUACUGACUAUGAUGGCAGGGAGGCCUCAAUAUAACAAACCUAAGAAGAUAGGAAUGGUAUGUGAACACUGUGGUUAUAAAUGCCACUUGAAGGAAAAUUGCUACAAUAUAGUAGGAUAUCCAACAGAUUUUAAGAGCAAGAAGAAGACUCAUGUUGCAGGAGGAGGCAGGACAUUUGCUAGCAAUGCAAAUGCAGAAGAUACCAGCAACUCUAAGAGUCAAUCACAAGGACAUUACCUGACACAGGAGCAGUACCAGCAAAUUGUUGAACAAACCUACAGGUUCAAAGGGCUUUACAGUGUUAAUGUAUUGGGGAUUGAUAGAGAACAUGAAGGAUUAUACGUAAUAAAGCAAAUGGAAGCAGAAAACAAGGCAUUGGUGGCGGAAACAAUUACAAAGGAAAAUGCAGAAACAGUUUUAUGGCAUUACAGAAUGGGACAUGCUUCAAUAAGAUCUUUGCAGCACUUAUCAGUCUUGAAGAAUAAAAUCAGCAGUAUAGAAACAGGAAAUUGUGAUUACUUAAGAUCUGACAAUGGAACAGAAUUCUGUAAUACACAAUGUGAUAGCUUGUUCGCUUCUUAUGGUAUUAUUCAUCAAACUAGUUGUCCCUAUAAACCACAGCAAAAUGAUACAGAAAGAAAGCACAGGCAUAUCUUAGAGGUGGCCAGAGCAUUUAAAUUUCGAAGUGGAGUCCCUAUAAGAUUUUGGGGUGAUUGUGUUAAGACUGCAGUUUAUGUGAUCAAUAGACUACCUACACUAGUUCUGAAAGGAAGAACUCCCUAUGAGCUGUUGUAUGGGAAAGAACCUAAGGUGGAUCACCUAAGGGUAUUUGGUUGUCAAUGCCACACAACAACUUUGCCCAAGGGAGAUAAGUUUGCACCCAGAGCUAGGAAGGCAGUGUUCAUUAGCUACUCAGAAACACAAAAGGGAUAUAGACUGUAUGAUCUUGAACAAAAAUCCUUUUUUGUAAGCAGGGAUGUAGUGUUUCAAGAAGGCAGAUUUCCUUUCAAGGAUACAAGUGUUGAAUCAGAUGACAUGUUUCUUCAACAGCCCAUUUCAGCAGAAGAAUACAUUCCUAGUUCACCACCUAUACAAGCUGUGGGUCAAGAAGAUACUACUUUACCUAUGAAUCGAGAUGCAAUUGAUUCUCUUGCAGUUGAUGAUGACUUGGAAUCAGAAGAAGUAGAGCCAAUCUCUACAACACUGGAGCAGUUGAACUUACCAGAUACUCAAGGCUCAACACUUGGUGAGGUGUCAGGAGAGGUUCCUCCUGUUGAGCCAGUGUCUGCACCAACUACAACUGACUUACCUGCACAACCAACUCUAAGAGAACCUAGAUAG